AUAAUUUAAUACGCACACUCCCACUUCGUUUCUUCUUGAAUGGCUCGCGCUCCUCCAAACAGAGGAUCAUAUAUUCCUCUUUCCACUGCAAAUCCAGAGCCACCACCUGCUUACACUCCUGUAGAUGCUUCCAGUAAUUUUAAUUCAGGGACCAACCCAAAUCCUACGGCCCAACAGCAACAGCAAUCAUCAAACGUAGUUGUUGUAAGCCAGCCAGGUGCUCAACGGAUCCAACAGAUUCAACAUAUCGCUCGUCCUAACGAUUAUCUUAUACUAACGACGCUCCUAUGUCUCUGCUGUCUGUUUCUUGGAAAUUUUAUAACUCUGGUCUGUCUAUUCCCUGCUUUCAUUCUAAGCCUAAUUGCUAGCAACUAUAAUGACCUCGGAGAGUAUCGCUUUGCAAGAAAGUUUGGCUCGUCAGCUUGCACCUGUAACAUAAUUGCAGUGCUAUUCACUGCAGUGGUGGUGCUCUUGGCAGCUGUUAUAAUUAUUGUCAUGAUGUUUGUUUUGGGUCUUAUAUCAGUUUAAUGUGAAUUGUAACUAAUGGAAUCAACAUUAAUGGUUACCACUGUCAAUAAUAGUGUUAUACAUGGUUAUUCUUGACAUUUAUUAAUUUGGAAUCAUUUCUGACACACACAUACAUAUACUAACACUACACAACGUUAUGAUUAAAAUCUGUUCAGUUUAUAAUAA